UGAGGAGAGAGGGUGAAAAUACAGGCUGAGAGUGAGUGCGUGAGGGUGAAAGUCAGGGUUAUGAGAGUGGGGGAUCGUGUGAUCGAGGGUGAAUGAGUGAGAGUGUGUGAGAGGUUUAGGGAUUAAGGUGUUGCGAGUGUGUCUGUGUUUGUGUGCGGGAGUGUAUGUAAGUUGGUGAGUCACAGCAAUGCCAUACCCUGGCCUGCCAGGAGAAUGCGUACCGGCAAAAUGCGUGCUAAUCUCCGUUUAAUCUCUAUAGGAUAGAAUGUCGCCCCUCGUGCGUGGGUUUUCUCUGGGUGCUCCGGUUCCCUCCCACAUGCAUGAACAUCAAUUGGCCGAAAACACCUUAAUUUAUAGAGGACCGCAGAUCUUGGGCAAUUAUUGGCAGCACCGGCUCACUGCCUGGCUGCAGUUUACCCACUCGUCUGUGGUUCCUCGCGUCUCUCGAGUCAUUCUCUUUGAGAGUGAGCGAAUAUUAUUAAAGCCGCGUCGAUGUAAGUGACAGCAAGUUUUCUGUUAAACUUGGGGUGCGGCAUGGAUUCCCUUGGUCCCUUGCGCAAUUUAACAUCUUUAUGACCACAUAGUUCAUUUACAAGAACACCUGUACUGAUUUGAAACAUUCAAUCUGGUCUCCCAUGAUCCAUGCUGGGUUUAACCAGGCUGAAUUGUGUGAGGGGCUUACAGUUCCUUUUGAAAUAUCUGGCAGGACACAGUCCCAUGAGUGAGCUCCUCUUGCAAGCGAGGGUCAUAGAAGCCACAUGCCCAGCCAUUGAUUGCAUGCCCAUGCUGCUUGAUCUUGCGUGUGUUUUCAUUAAAAAGUAUGAACGAACAAUUCCAGUAUUUAGCAAUACUAUACCGAGUCACUUGAGUGUUGAUUUUUUUCUGGGCAAUUUUAUUUGUGCUAAUGAAAGGUAUUGGUUUCAAAAAAUGUACACGGUCAUUUACAUAUUACCUAUGCAAAGCAUUUGUUUCAGCGUUGAUUCAAUCGAUCAUACAUUUUUAAUAAGUAUUUUUAUUCACAUGUAUUAAAAUGUAAAAAAAAAAAUCCCCAAUUAAUGGGACAUUUUUGGCAUGGAUGUUUUCCUGUUUCUAAUUCCACAACCCCUACUGACACUUAGGACUGGAAUGUGUAAUGACAUGCACUGUAUUCAAUCGUUGAUUACGAAAGUUUAAUGAACACACAAGUAGCACAUUGACCAUAUUGCCGGUGCUUUAAAAAUAGACUUAAAAUUGUCUUUUUCAGGAAAAUAUCCUCACUUUCCUAAGAUUUAACACGUUGGCUUGCAUGCGAUGAAGAACAGCAUCACCCAUGGCUGUCGUCAGGAAGUGCAGCAAUGGACGAUGAACAUCGGAGAAUUGGAAAGUGGCUGGAAGGCAGCAGUGGCUCGCAUGAAGGCCGGAGCGAUGCUUCAGACUGUGCCGAAACGGCACCCGCACACUCGGCUUGCUGUGCACAACUCAAGCCUCUGUCCCACCAAGUGGCUGGACAUGUGGAUGGGAAAAAGAAGGGCCUCGGCAUGCGGCAGCACCCCGACGGCUCUGUGCUGAAACACGUGCAGCCCCCUCCACGGGGACAAAGGGAGGUGGAUUUCUACAAAACGGUAUUUAAUGCCGAAUGUAAAGACGAGAGAAUUAUCUUCCUGCGAGAACAAGUUCCAAGAUUCAUGGGCACAUGGAUACCUCCUAAUUCUCCCAAUACUGUGUAUCUGAAGUUAGAAGAUGUGACAUGCAAAUUCAAUAAGCCAUGCAUUAUGGAUGUGAAGAUGGGACGCCAGAGUUAUGAUCCGUGUGCCUCACAAGAAAAAGUGGACUAUGAGCGGGCCAAGUAUCCCCUUAUGCAAGAGAUCGGAUUCCUUGUUCUGGGCAUGAGAGUUUACCAGCCUGAAACAAACACUGAUGUUGUUUAUGAUAAAUUCUUUGGCAGAAGUUUAGAGCCAGAUAAUCUCAGAGAAGGCAUUUCCAAGUUUUUCCAUAAUGGGCAUUGCUUGCGGUUGGAUGCACUGGAGUGUGUGAUACAGAGGCUGGAGAAUAUUUACACUUGGUUUCAACAGCAACGGAUAUGGAAUUUUUACAGUAGCUCUCUGCUCAUGGUAUAUGAAGGAAAUGCUCCUCCUCAGACCGUUCAUUCCACACGGACAACAUCACCAGCCACGUGUGAGUCUGAAGCAGCCAGCAGAACACAUGACGGGUGUACACACAGCAGGGCCUUUGGAAGUGAACGUGACCCACCGUUAGCAGUUCACCCUAUUGCCGCCACCGAGGCAACCUGUCAUGAGCAGUCAGCUGUGCCUGGUCCUAUUAUUGAUGUGCCUCCUGGCAGCAUUGGUUUAGAAGAGGCAAUAAUCGGCAAUCAUUUUGUGAAAUUGUGCACCUCUGUGGAUGUUUGCCAGCCAAAUGUUUACUUGUUGCAAACAAGUAAUUCUGAUACUCAAGCUUCCUACGUGUUUGAUUCCUGUUUGGACAACACAAAUGCAGGUUGCUUAUGCAGACAAGUGGCUGAGUCUCGCACCAAGGAUGUUCACAGAGACUACGCGCGCUCCGUCGGCACGGUGAGGACUUGCAGGCAACACGUGGAUGUGAAGCUGAUUGAUUUUGCUCACGCAUUUAUCUCGGAAGAAGUCGACGAGGGCUACAUUUACGGACUCAACAAUUUGAUUGCAGUGCUCAGGGAAAUCCUGGAAAAGGCAGGAGAUUAGUUUUGCCAUGUCCUUCAUCCGACAAAAAGUGUAUUAUAUUUUUAGUCAAACCAAGCGGUCUUCCCUAUGCGAAUGUAAAUAAUGAAUUUGUGUAAACCUAAAUUUGUUCUAAUUACAUAAGGCUUGGAAUAAUUUGUCCAAUUUUGUGUUAAAACAUUCCAACUAUGAAACGCCAUGAAAAAUUUAUUCAGGUGCUCAAUAUUUCUGUUUUAUUGAGCUUAAGGAAAUAAGCAUAAAGGCUCCUGUUAAUAACUAAUACUGCAAACAUGUAUGUUGCAUACGUUCAAGCUAUUUUAUUUGAGCACUCAUAGAAAAGUCGACUCACGUGAGAGUGUGAUUGAAUAGGUCAAGACUAAACUUUGCAAGAAUGAUAUUAGCCUUCGUACAUUGGAAGCUACUUGGUAUAAUUGGCCUUUACCGCUGUCUUCUUGGAAACUGUCUUCCAUUAACAUCUUAAGAGAGAUAUUACACAGAUGUAAUUGCAAUUGAUUGCUAAAUCGCACUGCAUCACUGCACGCACGCCUGUCCCAUUCCACUCACUGGUUGACAUUCAACGCUGCCUUCAUGUUUUGAAGUGUAAACUCCCAAAAUCAUUUUCACCAUUCAACUAUAAUUAAAAUGGUUCAUCAGCAAUGUAAAUUCUUGCUUGAUAGCUUUUCUGUUGCAAAGCACUCAAUUCAUCAUCAUUGUUAUUAUUUACCGUAUAUAUCUUACAUUUAACGUUACAUAUGAAUGAUGAAAAUAAUACAAAUUAACAGCUGCAGAGCCUAGUGAUCACCAUGGUGAUUUCUGUCGUGAUCCAUCAAACCAUGCUGUCUUCCAUGAAGUGAAUAUUCAAAAAAAGGAAGUAUGUUGUGUUUGUGCUAUGGAUGUAAACACAAUUGUUGCAUUUCAGCGCUUACAACCAUUUUAAAACUAUAAUUUAAAACAUUGAUAAUUGCUCGUGCUAUGAGAAUGCACUCGGCCAAGUUGCCAUUUCCAACCCUGUCGGUACACUUUCGUUUAUUUAACUUUUAGCUAAUUAAACAAAUGGCUUUGUUCAUUUUUAUCAUCUUUCUAUUUCCUUGUUUUUAAUUUCGUGACUUAUUGCAAUGCUGAGUGUCUUAUAUCGUGCUUUGAAAUCCUUGAUGAGAUGCACUUUAUAAAUAUUGUUAUAUGGUUGUAAAAGCUGUAAUAGCUCAAAUUUGGCUCUCAGCUCAGUGUUUGAAUAUUGAAUGAAUGUCGGCUAUUGAAUUGAACGAAGCCUGUUAGCAAAUUUGGACCGCGACACCAACGGGCAAUGGCCUACUCCUUUCCUAUGAUGCCACAGGAUCUUUAACCUCCACUAUGAAGCAGGCGGUAUGCAUUCACAAUGAUUACACCUGCAGUAUUAACCAGGGUGACCUGCCGGAUUUGAACCACGAACCUCCGCAACAAGCAGCGAACGAGCUACCGCUUGGCCGUGUCCACCGCUUCAUGUGGCGCGCGUCUGUAACGCGAAUCCACACUGGAGACGGUGCAAGUGGCACUCGGCACGCGUGCACAACUCGGCUGUUCGAGCAACGUUUGCAUCGGUCCCGUCAACGUCAAUUUGACAGCAGUGUGGAUGUUGUGCAGUGCGAGCAGUGUGGUGAAUCGUGAGUGUUUAUAUUAUUAUUGUGCCCUGCCAUGCCUGGAAAAUUGACAUUUCUGCUCUCGAUCUCAAAAGCUGCGGAUGUAAGCCUUUACACCCCAGUAAUUUGAUGAUCUGUUAUGACCCAUGGCGUAUGGCCCUUUGACCCUAAUGUCACUUCUCAAAUUAUGUUCCUGCAUGGUCAGACCACAUAUUCAUUUCUUACCUUUUAUUUGGGAAUGUUACAUGUAAAUAGUGCAGUUAACUUUAACACUCGCAACUCCAUAUCUUUCAACCCGUUGUGCCGACAUUACAUUACACAGCACAUUUUCAUUCAUAUCUGAGGAUUGACUCGGACUUAAAUGUUCUUAUAUUGUGACUGUUUUUAUGCGGAGAGAACACCUCUGUUGUGUAUUGAUUGCAUUGCUUGCAGAUAUUGUCAUCUGGAAGAUGAGUGUGAGAUCAGAGUUUUUGGGUCAUCUUAUAGUUUUGAGAGGACGUUUGACUUUAAAGUGCAACUCAGAACUUUUCUGAUUAUCCGAUCGGACCAAUUCAGUUUAAAACUAAAUAAAUUGGAUUCACCCUAGGCUAAUUCAAUCGUAUAUACAUCAUUAUACCUGAAACCUCAACAUUGGUUAUCAUAGUGUUCUAUUUCUCACGGUUGACAUUGUUAAAAAAUAUAGUUUAUACUUGAUUGUUGUGAAGAAAUUAUUGCCGAUGUUUCAUGCCCACUUCACUUUUAAAAGUAACACAGUGCUGGGAAACCGCAUGGGCAGCACUGUACAUAGCACAGUAUUUUUGUAUCCUGGAAUUGCCUCAUUUUUAAAGGACAGUGUUGAAUAAAUACAAGAAUAAGUGUAUUGUCCUCGGAGGUACCAUUGGUGCAAAAUGGGAAGCAUUAGUUGGUAUUAUCACACAAACGCAUGGUUAUUUAAACAGUGCUAUUCCAUCCAACAACCACCUGUCCAUUCCUACACAAUCAGUUUCAUAUAAAGUUGAUUGAGUGUUUGAGACGUAUUACUUCCGUUCAUGAGAUGAGUCACCUCUUUAAGGCGUUGCAAAGAGACGAGGGCAUUUUGCUGACAUACAUGUGCAAAGUUUAACUUUAUAUGCAGAUAAAGCAGAGACUUUCCAUAAACUGCACUAAAUUGAGGAAGGAGGGUAUAGAAUUUUGGUGCAAAUUGAAAUAAGGUUUAUUUUAUUAUGUUUUAUUUUAUUUCCUUUCUACGUUACUUUACCGAAAUAACCAAGAAGAAGGUAAAUCCUACUUGUGCAUGGAUUCUGUAACCCUUUGCAACAGACCUUGCCCUCUUUAAGUAAUGUUUAAACGCAGGUGCACGAGCUACUAUGGCAUGGAUUAUAAACAGUUAACUCACAAUGCAUCACCUUUAAUUGAUUGUCGUUAGCCCAUGUCAGGCACGACACGAUGCAUUAACAUUUUCGACACUAGUUGGGAAUCGUGCAAAAAUGCAGCUAACCAACGUACUGUAUUGAACUGUAAUUGGCUACAGAGACCUGGAGUAACGGGACAGCGUGUUUAACCAUUGCCCUGGCCAACUGCUUUGCAAGCCCUAGUUGCGCUCGAUCCAGAGGCAACAGCCGCGCCAAUGCCAGCCGAGUCGCUCCUCCGUGACCCCGUCCCAUCCCACCUCCACCCGUGCAGCUCCCCCAUCAUGUUCCGUCGCUGGAUUGGCGAUCUAGGCGAGGUUGUGGAUGAAAGUUGUGGGGAGUGUUGUUAAAAGAUGAAUUCAGUUUUAGACGUGUUUAAGAUAGCAAAUGAUGCAGUGUUAAGCCUCGCAGAGUCGGCGUGACCCAAGAUUGGCCACCUUCCCGAACAGCAGAGCUUCUCGGCCUUCUUCAUUCCUCGGCACUCACUUUCGAGGUGGCUCGCUUUUCGCAGCACACUGAACCAACAACAAAUCGUUUUAGGUCCUAAAUCCAAAAGUCGAUUGAUUGUGGCCGGCUGAUGAUCUGUGUGCGUCUCUCAAGCGAUACGCCGCUAUGGACGAUCUUUCCACCGUCAUGCAAUUGUGGAUUUUCCACAAUCGCGUCGUGUGUCGCUCUCUUUUUGAUCACCACCGCGCCUCCCCCCCCCCCCACCCAGGUCUCGCCUCAAUUAGAAUUGCAUGCGCACGAGGCUCUGAUUUAAUCACUCACCCGGCUCAGCCGAUUAAUGAAGAGGGGAAGUUGUGUGUUUUGUAUGCGUCAGUCAGUGCGCAUGAAUGUGUCUGUGUGUGUAACCGAUAAUUGUUUUCUUAGGGUGGCCAUCUGUUCGUCUAUUUAAUUAUGUUUUUGUAGCAUUUCUGUCCGUUUCCAGCUCUCAUUUGGAUGUCUGUGUGCCUGGUCUAGUUGUGUUAAUUAUUUUAUGAAUUGUGUAUCUGGGGCUUUGCUGCCACCGGUGAUUAUGAAUGGCCGCUCUCGAGGUGGUAACACGGCGCGGGGUGAGGUGGCAACGGGUAAGGGCAAGAAGGCGGGCCUCCUUUAUAGAACGGGAUAUGGCAGUGUUCACGAAUGUUCAGAGGGAGCCACUUUCGCCGAUAAGACAUGAGUGUGAGGGCCGCCACACGUUUGAAACAAUUGGGGUUGGACGGCACGAUGGAUUGUUUCCACAUUUGUAUAUUGUCGGGGACCGCACUAAUGGCCACCAGUGGCCCGCGGGCCUUACAAUGAAGAACACUGGUGAUGAUACAAACGUGGCCUGGUAGAUGAACGAGGCGAGUGGCAUCACGGAAUGAGCACCUCGUUGCUGAGAUGACCUCGUGGCUUCACGACGAGGAGUCGUGGAUGAGCAUGGACGCAGGUCCAGAUGGUCCGGUCCAGGCUGUGUGGCUGUGGAAAAUGAGCCGAGAAGAGUCGUCUUGGGUAUGCAGGGCUAUAGUGCACAUUUACUGUAAUGACAAUUACCCCACAAACAGAAAAUACAAAGCUUGUCAAGAGUAUGGUUGGUUUUAGGGUUUGUUUUGGUUGAGAAUCUACUGUACAUAAACUUUAAUAUGGAUGACAGAUUCGCUUAUUCUUGUUGAGAAUACUUGAUUUGUGUUUGCAAAUGUUUUUUUAAAAUAUUUUAUUUUCAAAAGUGAAUGUUUAAAUGUGUGGCAUUUAGUAAAUAUGAUCGGGCAAUUAUUGGUGUUUGAUGGUUCAUUAUUAAUCGUGACGAUGUUUAAGGAUGACAGCCGUUAUUUAAAGAGUUGAAUCAUUUGAGUGGAUUUAACUCAAUGUGUUUUCAUUGGUUCUUCGCGGUGUGUCAGAUUGCUAUAAUUCUACGCUAAUGCUGAUUAAAAUGACCUCCACUCUUUUAUAAAUGACUAAAUUGAAAUUGCCUCUUCACAUGAGCAAAGGGGACGCACUCCACUGUAGUGGCCGCAUACUGAGCCAGUGAUGGAAAUUCCGUAUUCCCGUGGUGGGGACAAGUCUUUUCGGUAGGAUGACCACUCUUAAUUUUCCAGAGCGGUGCUCAUUUUUAUUACCUCCAGAGGGAGGACGAUGGGCCGAGUCAAAGGCUGGCUCGGGUUUGAGGCUUGUAAGCUGGCACUUAGCACAUCGCCAGAGUCAUUUUAAUUUGUGAGGAUUGUUUUUUUUCGGUUAUCAACCAUCUAAACCACUGCUGUCCACCAUGCCGUCUUGCACGCCCCCGUGAAGAAUGAUGUUGCCCCGCAGUGACUUUCACAGCCCUAAAGCAUUUUACAUUAUAAGCAACAACAAAAAUAUAUAUAUAUUUUUAAAAUAACAAAACAUAACUGGAAUGGAUUUACCGUAUUUAGUAUGCUUAUCAGUUCUAUUUAAAUUCGUAAUCAAAUGUCAAUAAACUAUUUUAACAGUC